GGGCCUGCGCUUUCUCUUCGUCUCUCCGCCCAGCGUCUGGCCGGGAUGAGUUUCCUGUCUCGGGCGCUUGCUGCAUCCGGAUCAGCGGGAGUCAGUUCGCCCGGAGAGCCGCAGGAGCAGCUGAGCCUCCUUUUUCCCGAUCCACGACCGGCACCGCGCGGCGCUGGCGAUCAGUGGAGCCAUCUCGGUCCUCCAGCCUCCGCUUUGCUCUUCUCUCUGUCGGUCUGUGUCUCUCUUUGCUCCACCGAGCAGGUGAUGGAACAAUGAAGGACACCAAAGGGAAGACUUUGCAAGAGAAGGAGGAGGGCUCUGAACCUCAAGUUGAACUGCAUUUCACCAUAUUGGAAGAAUCCGAAGGGGGCAUUUCUCAGGGGAAACUCUGGCCAUGUGGGAUUGACGCAGAGCUACGACCUGAGAGCUCCUCUCAGCCUGAUCUAGAUGAUGAAUUACUUUAUUCUGAUCGAUCCCGGUCCUCGCCGGAAAUACAGAGGCUACAGAGGCACCCAGAACCUGACAGCAGGACCCAGGAGAGAAGAGUGGAAAUGUACCCUAAACCUGGUUCUGAACAACAAGUCGAGCUUCAUUUUACAAUCCUGGAGGAAUCCGAAGGGGGCAUUUCUGAAGGUAAACUCUGUGCAAGUGAGAUGGGACGGGAUGAGUCACGGGAAGUGAGCUACCCAGAACGGCAGUGGGAUAGGUCUGUUCAGUGGAGUGAGAAAGCCGGUCAGCCAUCCAGUGUGAAGGAAUCUCUCCCAGCUGAGGACAGACCAGAAGCCGAGGCUAAAAGGUCCGUCCUCCAGCCGGAGAGCUCUGAUCAGCAGGUAGAGCUCCAUUUUACCAUUUUCGAUGAUCCUGAGGAAAAAAGCCUUUCCCAGGGAACGGAGGACUGUCCGGCCUGGGAAAGCCCAUUUAAACCAGCGCUUUGUCAAGGUGACUAUCCAAAAGAAAUUUGGGAUGCGUCCAUGGACAAUCUUGGAGACGUCUUUGAAGCAUCUUUCCAGCAGCAGUUCUACUCCGAAGGAAGACUGUACCCCUGUACCGAAUGCGGCCGGGUUUUCAACCGGAAGUCAACCCUGACCCGACACUGGCGGACCCACACAGGGGAGAAGCCGUACUCGUGCCUCUAUUGCGGGCGGAGUUUCAGCUUGAAUCUGAAUCUUCUUACCCAUCAGAUGACCCACACGGGAGAGAAACCCUACAAAUGUCCAGACUGUGGGCAAAGCUUCACCCGUAGCACAAGUGUCACCCGGCACCAGAGGAGCCACAGAGAGGAAGGCCUUUUAAAAAAUGACUUGUGGGAGGACGGUUUCUCGUACCCGGUCCCGGCUCCCUUUACUUACCCGAUGCCUCUUAUGGUGGAGGAGAAGUCCUUCGUGUGCCCCAUUUGUGGGGAGCCAUUUACUCAUGGUGGGAGCCUGAAUAGGCACAUGCGAACACAUGGGGUGGAAAGGCCUUAUAAGUGCAUGGUCUGUGGGGAAGGUUUCUGUUCUAUGUCCAAGCUUUACCGGCAUGAGAGAAUCCACCUGGUGGACAAGCCCUACCACUGUGAAAUCUGUGGGAAGAGCUUUGCCGUCAAGUCCACGCUGACCCGGCACCAGAUGCUCCACCAGGCAGAGAGGCCCUACAUGUGCUCCCACUGUGAGAAGGGCUACGUUCAACGGAGUCACCUGGCCAGGCACCACCACAAAGCCCACCCUGGGGUCCCCUUUAACCCAGUUAAAGCGAACACUGUGCCUGCCACCAUUCUGGAUUCCGACAACUUAAUCACCUAUUUCUGGGGAGAUGAGGAAACAGACACUACCCCAGAGCCUGUCCCAACUCAACUGAUCUAUUCUGGAGCAGAUUGCUGAAGGAUUUAAUCCUAGUCUGGAAUUCCUGUUCUCCGGAGAGAACUUCGCUAAGAUCCCACUCUUGUCUUCUUAAAUCUCCAUGCAUUGGGGUACUUCUGAUCUUAGAGUUUGACGACGCGAAGUGGAUUUUUAUGGUAGGAAACAAAACAAAAAAAACUUGGUUUUCUUGUGGACAGUCUUUGUGCCAAGACCCUUUUCCUGCCUUGUUAUUCAUAUUCCAGGAACUGUCCUGUCACGCCCAUAUACCACCUCCACAUCUCCAGAAGAUAAAUCAUUGUGGUUCCUUGCAGUCUGCUACAGAUGGUGCCAGUAUCCAAGCCCUUGUAAGGAGGCAGAGCCAGCAAAGAGGGGGAGGUGGGCAAUCAGCACACUUCUGGAUGGACCCACUCACACAAAUUUCUCUAACUGCUGAAUAGAACUGAAGCUGUGUGCCAUAGUACUGGGCUCAAAGAACAUAUGUAUGAUGCAAAUCUUCACAGGGGGAAAGGGAAUAGUCCAGCCUGUAGCAAAAUAUCUAGUUGUAGGUGAUGUGUGGGAGCUUGGAAAUUCAUCUGAAAUCAUUUUUGUUUGUGGUAAGGAUGUCUGUGGAAAUUAUCAACCAUCCAGGUCAUGGUUAUCCCAAAGUUGCUUUUUGCAAAAGGCAACUGGACUUUGUUUUUCCUGGAAGACAUUUCACUUCUCAUCCAAGAAGCUUCUUUAGUUCUGACUCUGUAGUAAGGAUGGGGAUUUCCCCCCCUUACAGGAAGCCUCUGUCUUGUUUUAUCACUUCUUUUUUGGGGGGGUAAUGGAUGAACUUUUAAGAGAAAUGAGUAAAAUAUAGAAACAGAAGACAUACCUAAAGGCUAUUAUUUGAUGCACAAAUUAGAUGUCCUGUAAAAAAUGUCUAAGAUCUAGGCAGAAUAUAAAUAUUUUGAAGAAAUAAAUACAGGAAUAUGAUGAUACAGUU